AAUUACAUGAAAAUUUAGGAAAACACUUUGUAAAAUAUAUAGAAAAACAUACUUAACUUCACGUAAAAAUAAAUUUUGGAAACACUGUUUCAAAACAUUUGCCGCGAGAAACCAGAACGUGUAUAUUUGUAUUUGACAAAUGAAAGAAGAAACGAAACUUGAAAGAUGAAUAAUCUCAUUUGCUUCCAAGAUUUGUGGUUGGUCAUCACUGGUCGUUCAUGCAUGAAAGACCCGGAACUUGUGACGAAAGAUUUAAAUAAUUCAAUUGAUGCUUUGAAGCUUGGUUUGGAUUAUUAUCAGCCAUACAGUGAAAGUUCUGUCUCGAAGUUCAAAAAAGAAACCAAAAUAUCGGAAAACUUGAAUAAGUUUGUUCUAAAAGCUGCAAAGUUACUGAAUCUUGAUUGCCACCAAACACAUGAUCUCACAAAACAAUAUGCGCGUUCAUUUUUCCAUGGAUCGAGGCAGAAACUGCGGCAAAUCCUCGCAGAUGAACGGAAUGGAGCAAUAUUACUUGGCGAUCUUGCUAACCACUAUUUCACAGAAAGGCUAUAUUUACUACGAACCAUAUCUCCAAUCAUUGGAUACUUUCAGGACCAAAGUCAUCCUUUUCAGAGGGUUUAUUCGGAGGCGCUCAGUUCACUACCAGAUCUUACCCAAACUUUGCAAAGUCAACUCGAGAAAUCUUUUGACGAUUCUUUGCCCACUUUUAGCACUAGAGGACAAGAUUGUUCCCCUGAGCUACAGACCCGGUUUGCUUUACAACGAGUGAAAGAACAAUGCGAGAUCCUUGAAAUUCUCCUCAUAUAUUAUUCCCACUUUGAAUUACCACCCAAUGUGCUGGUGAAGCUUAUUAAGCUGUUUAAAGAUCACAACUUUGGAAUCGAUCACCCGUUACGUGAGGUCGUUGACCCCAGGAUGAUGUCACCACUGUUGUCAUGCCUCAGUGCACUUGAGCAAAUUCUAAUCAUAGAAGGAUUAGACAUGGAUUUUCUUAUGGAAUCUGAAGCCACAAAGGAACACCAGCUCGUGAAAGACAAAUCUGCAUUCAAAACUAUUGAUGACAUCAUAAAGGACAUCGUUCAUCAACCAGAUCUAUCUGUGCUUGUGUUGUCGUGGGCAACCGUUCGUUAUCUGGUCAUGGAUGACCACGGUGGGGUCACGACCCAGAAACUCGGAGAACGAACGAUUGAAGAAAAAGUGUGGGAGCAUUUUGCCCACUUGUUGGCAGUAUACCCAUUCAAUACAACAUCGAAUGUUUCACUCACUGCCCGUCGUGUUCUACGUGGUGUGCUAUCAAGCGUGACAACAUCUUUCCACGAAGACACGCUUGGUGAUUUCUCAUCUAUCGUAACCGUGGCAACAGAAGUGAUGAACCACUCUGAAAAUAGCAAAGGUCUUAGUGGACCUGGCUUGGAGCAGUUGUUGGUGUCAGCUGCAGGUUACUUCCCAUUGGCUGUUGAACCAUUGUUGCUAUUGGUUACUUCGAUGACAUCAUCGUUGCCAUCGGCAAUGGAG